UUGCUUUGAAGGUCAUAUUUAACCGGUCUAUAGCAGUCUACUGGAACUGCUGUAUAGCAAGUGGCGACGCUGCUCUGGCAGUGUUCGACCCCAGAGUGCUUUUAGUUUAGUUUAGCAGGUGAAAUUGCGUUAUAAGCUAUAGGAUACGUUGGUGUUUUGCUGUUGGAGAUGGAUCCGAGCAACGUUGAAGCGACUACCGACCAGGAGGCUAAAGCUAACGCUGACAAAACAACAGCGAACGUCGAGUGGAGAAAACACACGCCUCGACAGCUACUUCAACACUUUAAUUUGAACAUGGGGAAAGGUGGCGGUUCAUUUGACAGACUCCUGGAUAAGGCCACCAGUCAACUGCUGCUGGAGACUGACUGGGAGUCCAUUCUGCAAAUCUGUGAUCUCAUUCGACAAGGAGACACCCAGGCUAAAUAUGCAGUUGGGGCCAUUAAAAAGAAAUUGAAUGACAAAAACCCACAUGUGGCAAUCUAUGCACUCGAGGUGCUUGAAUCCGUGGUGAAGAACUGUGGGCAGACCGUUCAUGAUGAGGUGGCCAGUAAAGUGACAAUGGAGGAACUGAAGGAUCUGCUCAAGAAACAGACGGAAGCUAAUGUCCGAAACAAGAUCCUCUACCUGAUCCAGGCCUGGGCCCACGCCUUCCGCAAUGAGCCCAAAUACAAAGUGGUGCAAGACACCUACCAGAUCAUGAAAGUGGAAGGUAAUGUGUUCCCUGAGUUUAAGGAGAGUGAUGCAAUGUUUGCAGCCGAGCGUGCCCCAGAAUGGGUUGACGCUGAGGAAUGCCACCGGUGCAGAGUUCAGUUUGGAGUGAUGACGCGUAAGCACCACUGUCGAGCCUGCGGGCAGAUCUUCUGCGGCAAGUGUUCGUCCAAGUACUCCACAAUUCCCAAGUUUGGAAUAGAGAAGGAGGUCCGCGUGUGUGAGCCCUGCUUUGAGCAGCUUAACAACCAACCCACCCUCUCUCCUCCACUUAGGAAAGCCGAGGGUAAAGCUCCGUCCACCAACUCGGCUGAACUUCCUCCCGAGUAUCUUACCAGCCCACUGUCACAGCAGUCACAAAUGCCUCCAAAGAGAGAUGAGGCAGCGCUGCAGGAGGAAGAGGAGCUGCAGCUGGCUAUCGCUCUGUCCCAAAGCGAGGCAGAAGAGAAAGAACGAAUGAGGCAAAAGAACUCUUACACUGGGUAUCCCAAAGCCGACCCCACCCCCGUGACUUCUUCAGCACCCCCAGUCAGCACCCUCUACACGUCCCCCGUGAACUCCUCAGCUCCAUCAGCAGAAGACGUCGACCCAGAGCUGGCACGUUACCUCAAUAGAACAUAUUGGGAGAAGAAGCAGGAAGAGGCUCGGAAGAGUCCGACCCCCUCAGCCCCUGCUCCUGUGUCAGUGGCCGAGCCUGUGCUGCCAAUCAAUCAGCCUGUAGAAAGUCAUGUCCCCAUGCAGCCAGUCAGUAUAGUGGAGCAGUACCAGAACGGGGAGUCUGAAGAGAACCACGAGCAGUUCCUAAAGGCUCUGCAGAACGCCGUGACCACCUUCCUCAACCGCAUGAAGAGCAACCACAUGCGCGGGCGCAGUAUCACCAACGACAGCGCCGUCCUGUCUCUCUUCCAGUCCAUCAACAACAUGCACCCACAGCUGCUGGACAUCCUCAACCAGCUGGAUGAGAAACGACUGUACUACGAGGGGCUGCAGGACAAGCUGGCUCAAGUUCGCGACGCUCGGGCCGCUCUCAACGCACUACGGGAUGAGCACAGGGAAAAACUGCGUCGUGCCGCAGAGGAGGCAGAGAGGCAAAGGCAGAUCCAGCUGGCACAGAAACUGGAAAUCAUGAGACAGAAGAAGCAGGAGUACUUGGAGAUGCAAAGGCAGCUGGCCAUUCAACGCUUGCAGGAACAGGAAAAGGAGCGGCAGAUGCGUCUGGAGCACCAGAAGCACACCAUCCAGAUGAGAGCUCAGAUGCCGGCUUUCUCUCUGCCCUAUGCACAGAUGCAGUCUCUGCCCCCAAACGUAGCAGGAGGGAUGGUGUACCAGCCUGGUGCUCCGCCCAGCUACCCGGGUACUUUCAGCCCGGCUGGUUCCGUGGAAGGGUCACCUAUGCACAACAUUUAUAUGAACCAGCCUGGCCAGACGGCGCCACCACAGUACCAGGCUAUGCCCCCUGCUGCCACAGAUCCCAAUAUGGUUAAUGCAUACAUGUAUCCAGCUGCUGGCACCAAUGGACAGCCCGCCCCUCCUCCUGGGCAAGCCCCGCCUACCACUAGUACACCUUAUUCCAACUACCAGCCCACCCUUACACAAGGCUACCAGAAUGUGGCGUCACAGGCCCAGAGCAUGCCCCCCAUGUCCCAGGCUGGCCCCACCAACGGUAUGGGCUACAUGGGCUACCAGCCGUACAACAUGCAGAACAUGAUCACGACACUGCCGGGGCAGGACCCCAACAUGGCCGCCCAACAACCCUACAUGUCUGGUCAGCAGCCCAUGUACCAGCAGGUGGCCCCCCCUGGUGGUCCUCAGCAGUCAGCACAGCAGCAGCAACAGCCACCGCAGCAACAUCCACCGCCGCAACAGCAGCAGCCCCCUCAGGUGGUACCUGGCAGCGCUGAGGCGCAGCUCAUCUCUUUUGACUGAAAGCUGGUACAAUUGGGAACAGGGUCUGACACUACUCAACCCCCCCCCCCCCCCCCCCCCCCCCCCACCACCACCACCUCUCUCCACCUCCACCUUGCUGUCAUGUUGUGGCAUAGUGAAACAUUGUGAUUAUCUUAUCUUACUGUGUCAUCCCUGAGACGGCACCACCACAUAGGGGUGGGGUGGGAGGGGCACCAAAACCCAGAUCUUACCUUCCUCUCUCAGCUGACCUUUAUUUGUCCCUUAAAUGAAAUAGCUGAAGCUCACAAAUAGUCAGUGCUCCUAACAACAAAUAAGGAAAAAGACAAAACAUUUCUUUUUUUUUGCUUUUUAAAACUCAAAACAAGCAUGAUGAUUUUUAAUUUAAGCCUGUGUGAAGACUUUAUUUGAAGGACUCGGUGUGUAUGUGGUGUCUUUGUGUGUCUGUAAAGAGAGCAAGCACAGUCAGGGAGGUUUGGGAUAAAUGGCACUAACUUUCAUCAUCAUCAUCAGAAGGAUCACAGCCUAACAUUCCAGUUGUUGCUAAUAUAGUCUGACAUUAGCAUUUAUUUGUUGUAAAUUGCAUCAACUGGACUUAACAUUGUUGAACAAUUCAAGUCAUCCUGCUGACGUACACCCAAAUACCCACAUGAUUACAUCGUCAUCAUUAUGACACAGCACUACCUGUAAUCAUCUGCUAAUGGCCUCCUGGCUGUGUGUAUUGGCUGCGUGCAUGUUAGCGAACGGAAAAAGGCUUUUGUCGUCAAUUACAGGCCGCAUGUAUUUAUCACCGAGCCAAUCAGCUUAUAUCUCUGUAACUCCUUCAUUUGUGAUCUACUUUAUUUCCAUCAUAGUCAUCUGUCUCGACUUUCAAAGGUCAUUUUAAAUUUAUAUUUAAUAAAUAUCUGGUUCUUAUUGUCCA